AUACAUAUUGAUGUCAAUAAUUAUUGACGUUGACGAAAUGUUAAGAUUUGUGUGUGAUUGAUUUCGACAAAAUGAUUUUAGAAAAUAUCCUUAGCAGUUGGAGUUCAAUACGAAAUAAGCUUAUCGUUACAAGUAAAAAGCGUUCUUUUAAAUAUGGUCUACCUUUUAUCGUAUUUGUUGUAGGUGGCUCUUUCGGUCUAAGAGAGUGGACCCAAAUAAGAUAUGAAUUCUCACAAGUAAAAGGAGUUAGUAAAGAAGAAGCUGAGAAAAUGGGUUUGCAUAGGGAAAAGAAUGUUUCCCUUGAGACUGUUUAUGAAGACAUUCAAAAGUUGGACAUUGAUAACUGGGAAAACAAACGUGGACCAAGACCAUGGGAAGACAAUGCAACUACUAAAUAAGAUAUGAGAAUGAAUGAGAAUGUUGUUGUUAGUGAUUGUUAAAAUUUAGUAUUAU